CCUAGUGUGCUUAUUGCUUCAGGCAUAGACCUGGAGCAGGAACAGCAUCGUCUGGCCAAUAUCGCCGAGUCGAUGGGUCAACAUGCUACCGACACGCAGAAAGGCAGUCUCACGCAGAUGCGGAACUCGCUUCAUCGUAGGAUCGAUAUGUGGCGACGCACACAGGUCCUUUACCUCCCGGCCGUUCAAGGCCUUAUUGAUCAGGCAGCCACGCGUGAAGGCCACGAGAACGCCGAAUGUAUACACCUCUGGUUACCUUCAGAACUGAAAACCAAGCCGUGCGAUCCACGCCUACAAGAGGACGAAUGGGAAUUGCGCUACGCGCAGGCUCACGAUGCGCUAGAAGAAUUGCGGCAGUGUCUACGCAUUCACUGCUCCUUACUGACAUUCAAAAGGGAAUGGGUGCGUGGUCAAGGCGCGAAUACCCGUGCUCAGAAUGCCCUUGCCCGCAUCCACCGAAGGCAUACGGCCUGCGUGAAACAUUAUCGGUCAGCAUGGAUGGCGCUCAAGAGCCUAGCUACAAUCAUGAAGAAGACCGGUUGGCAGGGAAGGUUGCAGGAAUUGGCCGACACUCAUGUCAAGCCCCUCGUGGACCCAUAUGCUACUGGCGAAGGGAGACGUCAUGUAUCGUGGAUCUGGAUGAUGGAUGGCAUUGACCAUGGCAAUGAAGGUGACAACGAUGGUGUACGAAUUGAGUGGUGCAAAACCCGUGCGAGGGCACUGCGGUGGUCGGAAGAGGUCGAAUUACUCACAGAAGAGAUGCGCAGGGUGCUGGAAUUUUUUACCUGGCAGCAAGCGCGGUGGGAAGAACAGGGAAAGGCAUGCGUUGGGGAGUGUGCCGCUGACAUUGAAGGUUUGCGAGCUUAUGCUGCCCGACAGGCUAACAUCCGUCGCAGGCUUGCAGACCAUUUUCGGGUGCUGUGGGCA